GGGCGGGAACUUCUCGAGACGGCUCGCGAUUGGCUGGGCUCGUGGAGGGUGGUGCCGGGGCGCCGAGAGAGGGAAUUAGUGCGAGCCGGGUGAGUGGGAGCUGCCGCCACAGCCCACGCCUCGGUAACUGCCCUCGCCACGCGAAGUUCUCAGCAAGUGUUUAUUGAAGGCCUAGUAUGUGGUGACAUUGCUGGAUACUUGGGAUGCAAAGGUUCUUAUUCUGCCAUAUCCUGUGAACACAACAGGUUCCUGCAUCUAGGCCUUGCAGCCAAAAUGGGGAAGACCAGACACAUGGGCAAAAAGCCCAACUUCUAAAAGCCUGACUGGCCCAGAUGUCAUAUGGUACUGAAGAUCCCAGAGACUGGGUUUGUCUUACCAAGAGGAGAAGGAGGGAAGUCAGUGGGAGCAAAAGCCUGGUAGAAGGGCCUGAGGCAAGCUCUACUGGGGCCAUGUCAGAGCGAGAAGAGCGGCGAUUUGUGGAGAUCCCUCGGGAGUCAGUCCGCCUCAUGGCAGAGAGUACAGGACUGGAGUUGAGUGACGAAGUGGCAGCCCUUCUCGCUGAGGAUGUGUGCUACCGUCUCAGAGAAGCCACACAGAACAGCUCUCAGUUCAUGAAGCACACGAAACGGAGGAAGCUGACUGUUGAGGAUUUCAACAGGGCCCUCAGAUGGAGCAGUGUGGAGGCUGUGUGUGGUUAUGGGUCUCAGGAGGCACUGCCUCUGCGCCCUGCCAGGGAGGGUGAACUCUACUUUCCUGAGGACCGAGAGGUGAACCUGGUGGAGCUGGCCCUGGCUACCAACAUCCCCAAAGGCUGUGCUGAGACAGCUGUCAGAGUUCAUGUUUCCUACCUGGAUGGCAAAGGGAACCUGGCACCUCAAGGAUCAGUGCCCAGUGCGGUAUCUUCACUGACGGAUGAUCUGCUCAAGUACUAUCAGCAAGUGACACGGGCUGUGCUAGGGGAUGAUCCACAGCUGAUGAAGGUCGCUUUGCAGGACCUUCAGACAAACUCCAAAAUUGCAGCACUCCUGCCUUACUUUGUUUAUGUGGUCAGUGGGGUAAAAUCUGUAAGCCAUGACCUGGAGCAGCUGCACCGGCUGCUGCAGGUAGCACGGAGCCUGGUUCGCAACCCACAUCUCUGCCUGGGGCCCUAUGUCCGUUCCCUGGUGGGCAGUGUCCUUUACUGUGUUUUGGAGCCACUGGCUGCCUCCAUCAACCCCCUGAAUGACCACUGGACUCUGCGGGAUGGGGCUGCCCUCCUGCUCAGCCACAUCUUCUGGACUCAUGGGGACCUUGUAAGUGGCCUCUACCAGCAGAUCCUGCUUUCCCUGCAGAAGGUCCUAGCAGACCCUGUGCGGCCUCUCUGCUCUCACUAUGGGGCUGUGGUGGGGCUGCAUGCUCUUGGUUGGAAGGCAGUAGAAAGAGUCCUGUACCCACACCUGUCUACUUACUGGACAAACCUGCAGGCUGUGCUGGAUGAUUAUUCUGUAUCUAAUGCUCAGGUCAAAGCAGAUGGACACAAAGUUUAUGGAGCCAUUCUGGUGGCUGUAGAGCGCCUGCUGAAGAUGAAGGCUCAAGCAGCCGAGCCCAGCGCGGGUGGCCCAGGCGGCAGGGGGUUCCGGCGUUCGGAAGACCUGCCUUGGGACAGCCUUCUCCUUCAGGAGUCUCCUUCCGGGGGCGGUGCAGAGCCAAGCUUUGGGUCUGGUCUUCCGCUGCCACCAGGGGGAGCGGGGCCUGAGGACCCUUUUCCCUCAGUGACCCUGGCGGACAUCUACCGUGAGCUCUACGCCUUCUUCGGUGACAGCUUGGCCAUCCGCUUUGGCACGGGCCAGCCUGCACCCACUGCCCCAAGGCCACCCGGGGAGAAGAAAGAGCCGGCAGCCGCCCCGGACUCAGUGCGGAAAAUGCCGCAGCUGACGGCCAGUGCCGUGGUCAGGCCCAGCCCGGCCUCCCGCUAUGUGCAGAAGCUGCCCAUGAUCGGCCGCACCGGCCGCCCGGCCCGCCGCUGGGCGCUGUCGGACUACUCGCUGUACCUACCGCUCUGAGGUUGCCCGUCCCCGCCUCCCAAAUAAAUGUCGCGCCCGGAA